AUGACCAGGACCAUUGCUAUUAUUGGCGUCACAGGCAACCAGGGUUCAUCGACUGCCCGGGUCUUUCUCGAUGAGCCAGGAUGGAUAGUCCGUAGCAUUACUCGGGAUCCAUCUAAGGAUUCUGCUAAGAGAUGGACAUCUCAAGGUGUUGAAAUAAUUGCUGGUGAUCUCGUCGACCUGAAUUCCCUCAAGGAGGCCUUUUAUGGUGUUAACUGGAAUUUACGUUUCGAUGCAAAGGCUGAAGCGGUGAACUACUUGAGGGUGACCUAUCCGGAGCUUUGGGCGAAGACGAGCCUGUUGCAACUAGGCUACUAUGCCAAUAACUGGAUGUCGUUUAGUGGAACACCAAAGAAAGAGGAGGACGGAAGUUUCAAAGUCAGCCUACCUAUGAGUGAGGACCGAAGGAUUCCCAUUGUCGACCCUGUUGCGGAUACUGGAUCCUUUGUCAAAACAUUGGUUGACCUCCCACCUGGCCAAAACUUGCUCGGAGCUGGAUCGUACAUGUCCUUCAACGAGUGGUGCACAAUCUUUAGCAAGGCUAACAACGUGACAUGCUCCUUCGAGCAGAUGUCUCGCAACGUUUUCGAGGAUGCUAUGGGCCCAGUCUUUGGGCUUGAACUCGGGGACAGGUUUGAGUACUUCGAUAAAUUUGGGUUCAAUGGAGAAGAACAAGAUCAUAGUGGAGUCUUUCCGUGGGAAUUAGGUGUCACCGUCAAGUACACUACGAUGGAGGAGUACAUGGAGGCGGAGGACUGGAAUUCGGUUUUGUAG